AUGCAUGGACUUCACAUUAGAGGAGGAAUAGAUCAAUACGCAAAAGAAGUCAUAAGAAGAUAUGGCAAGGAUCAUAAUGUGCUGGAAAAUUUGGUCAAUGAAGUCAUGGAAAAAGAAAAGGAAAUGGUCGAUUUAGUUAAAGUUGAGUUGGAAAAUUUAUCAUUGGUUCUUAACAAAUAUCUUGAAGAGGAAAGAGAAUACAAUGAUACAGAACUAAAUAGUAUUGUAAUUGAUAAUCUAAAUGAACAAUCCGUUACCAUUAAUGAUAGAAAUAGUAUCGAUGAUCUAAAUAGUAAUGAUGAUAAUCCAAAUGAACAAACUAUGGUAGAAACAUCAUCAUUGUUAACGUCACAGAAAAGUUAUAAUCUUAGAAGAAAAAGGCCAGUAAACUACAAUGUUGGUGGAACAUUACCAAAAAAGCGAUACCGAAAAAAUAAU